UGUUCACUUACAUUGCAAUUCUUAACACUUAGGGGUGUAAUGGACUAGACUUAACUAGAGUCCGACUAGACUCUAGAAUAGAUCUAGCUAGAAUCUAGAUCUAGAUCUAGAUUGAUAUAGAUCUAGACUCAACUAAUAAAAUAUUAAUAUAGAUCUAGAGAUGGAAAGCCUACAUUUGUAAGGAUCUUGAAUGUAACUGGAGAAAGGAAUUAAAAUGGAUUUACUCAGGCAUUGUUGGUAUUUUGUUUUAGGACUGUUUUUAUGUAGUGAUUAUGCGUGGAUGUCUCCACCAGAAACUUUAAAAUUAGUCAGUGUGCUUUAUCGUCAUGGUGAUAGAAGCCCAACAACUGUUUAUCCACUGGAUAAAAAUAAACCAGAAAUAGCUUGGCCUGAUGGUCUCGGUUGGUUAACUACACUUGGCAUGCAACAACAGUAUGAGCUUGGGCAGUAUUUGAAGAAACACUAUGAUGGCUUCUUAAACAAAUCAUAUUAUAAUCACAAUGAAAUUUUGAUCCAAUCUUCUGGCAUAGAGAGAUGCCUGAUGUCUGCAUAUAGUAAUCUGGCUGGCCUUUUUCCACCCCAGGGAGAACAAAUUUGGAAAAAUGAUCUACUUUGGCAGCCCAUCCCAGUCCACACCACCAAUGACAGCACUGAUAAUAAACUAGCCUUAGGUGCACCUUGUCCAAGGUAUGACCAGCUCAAUCAGCAAGUCUUGAACUCUCCAGCAAUGAAGAAAGAAGAACAAGAUAAUAAGGAUUUCUAUGAAAUGGUUGAAAAGAAUACUGGAAUUCUGAAAGAAACAAUUAAAGAUAUAUGGGCUGUAGGAGAUACAUUGUUUUGUGAGAAAGCUCAUAAUUUGACUUGGAAUGACUGGGCCAAUCAACCUGAUGUAUGGGACAAGAUGGACAAACUGAGAACAUUAAGUUUCAAUUUAUUAACUUACACACCAGAGAUGGCUAGGUUAAAGGGAGGCCCAUUGUUGAAAGAGAUAAUAUCAAACAUGCAGGCUGCUACACAACAAGAUAACCCAAGCCCUAAAUUUUAUAUGUAUUCAGCACAUGAUACAACAGUUGCUGCCCUUCUUUCUGUCAUGAAUGUCUUUGAUUGCCAUGCUCCGAUGUACAGGGCACUGAUCAUGGUGGAACUACAUUAUAUACAGAAUGACUACUAUGUCAAAAUAUCCUAUAGAAAUGAUACAACUAGAGAACCCUAUGAACUAAUUCCAACAGGUUGUCAGAAUCCAUGCCGCUUAGUGGAUUUCAUUCAUAUCACUAAAGAUUUCAUACCUGAUGACUGGGAUGCUGAGUGUAAAAUACAACAGGGUGUCUUUCCAUUUGACACAUCUUUGUCUCCAGCUUCCUGGAUUGCCUUAGCUGUUGGGAUCUGCUUGUCUUUGGUCAUUAUAGUUGGACUAAUUGCUCUGUUGGUCAAAUUAAAAAGGAAACAUAUUUACUCUCAACUUUAGGUUUGGUGUGCAUAUUUCAACUUUGUUUGACAGGCGUAAAAAAAAUGUUGAUUAUUGCUGACACUGCAUGGGAAAUUUAAUUCAAUUGACUUUGUUGUUUUAUUUUCUGGCAAAAAGAAAACAAACAUUUUAUAAUUAUUUUCAUUAAAUCUGUUUCUGAGUAGGCUAACUUUCCAACAAUAAAAGCCAUUGUAAUUUCUCCAAUGUUCUUAGUUUAUUGAAUAGAACAUUUUGUUUUAAAAUUGAACUCUUUAUUCAGAUUUAAUGUGUUUUUUAUUUUAGUUUCUCUUGAACACAUUGUAAACAAUUGCUAUUUUGUUGUUGUUUCUGAAUUUUAGUUGUGUUUAAUUUAUAUUUAAUAUUUUCCUUUGGGGGCACAACAUGGCCUAAAUUGUGCCGAUGUGCCUAAACUCAAAACUCAACUCAUAUUUCCCUUUGUGACAUUUAUGAAUGAAAUCAAUGUCAUUAUAUUAAGGAUUCUAAUUUGCUAAAAAAUAAUCAGUGAAUUGGUGGUAAUGUUGUAGUACACAGAAUAUUUUUAACUAAAAAAAAACCCCCCAUAAUUUUGUGUGAUUUUUUAAAAUUUAUUUUUUUAACUACAUUUCAACUUUUUUUUUUUAGAAAUUGUUUUUCUAAUGUUUUUAUUGUUCUUGAGAUAAAUUCUAUGUACAAUGUAUUAAGAUUAUAAGAAAUUUUUUUUCAUUGAUUUGAUACCUAAAAAUUCAAGCAUAAAUUUGCAUAACACAGUGAUUGCAUUUUGACUGAAUGGUUAGAAGGUUGACUGUAUGUAUCUUGUACAUUUUUUGGGGGCGGGCUUUGCUUCUUCAGCUGAUUUUGUUGACUUGGAAUAUUGGAUCUGUGCUUCUCAGAGUUACAGUUUGAUUUGUGAAUCUGAUUUGAAGCUGGUUAAGUGCCUUACUAUUUAAAUGUUGAUAUAUCCAGCUUUUAAAAAUGUGGAAAUUUAAUUCCUAAGAAUUGAUUUUAUUGCUUUUAUUUAUUUUGUUACUUUGUGAUGUAUGGAUAAGAAAAUGUAAACCCAGACCAGUAUUUCCUUAAUUUAAUUUUAACAUGCUCUGAAAUUUACCAAUCAGUGUUUUUAUCAACUUCAAAAUAAUGAAAUCUAAUGGCUAGGUUAUGUUUUUUUUUUCUUUGUAUUCUAGAAAAUAUUUUUUUUUCCUUUUUUUAAAGUCGACUGAUGAUUGCCUACAUUUUCACGUUAAAAUUCUAAUGUUCAUUUAGCAAUGUCUAAAUGCUCUUUUUAAAUUUAACAAGCUAUAAUUUGUUUACUUUUCAACAAAUCCUUUUUUUUUUUUAAUUAGAUGGUCAAGUUAUUAGUUGCUAUCAUAGUCACUAGCUUUAGUUAAAUAUGAUUAUGCCCCUUUAAUCACUCAUCUAAAAUUAAUUGUAGGGUAGUUCAACUAUUGAUUUAAUUGACAUUGAACACUAUAUUUGUAUUAAUUGCUUAUAUUCUUUUGUAUGUGUGUUGCUAUCAGCAUGUAAGUUGCCAGACUAAUGGUUCUGGUUGUACAGCCGCAUAGACUCAUUAGGCUUGCACAAGUUCUAUUAGUAAAUUUAAACUUGGUAUUUUUGAUGGUUACCCUUGUAAUUAAUCAACAAAAUACCAGCACCACUGCUAAAACCCAUAACCUGUUUCCCCAACUUCAUAUUUUUACAUUUUAAUGAGUAUAAUGAAAUAGAUUUUCACUAAUUUUUCAACAGCUGAUGAAAAUGAUUUAUGACUCAAUAAUAAUAUCAAGCUAUUUCAUAGUUAAUAUUUUUUUUUUUACUGAUAUGGAGGUUCCAAGAAUUUUUUUUUGCUUUCUGGAAUUUUAAAUUUCAGUUAUUUUUCUCCUUUUCUUGAAUGUACACUUUAUUUAUUCGUAUGUUAUUUAAAAGUUUAGGAAGAAAAUAUUUCCAGCAUGUGGCAUUUUUCAAGCAUAAGUGGGUAUGACUGAAUUGAUAUAUUGGGACGUGGAAUGCUAUGAACUCUUCAUUCAGAAUCCAAUUCAAUAGGCCUCAGACACACCGUACUGAUCAACUUCAAAUACUGACUGACAUUUAGGUUUUGUACUUAAAUAGUGAAAGAUUCAUACUAAAAAUAUUUAGUCUAAUUAUACAGGGUACAUAGAUUAAUUUAUUUUCUGUUAAUGAAUCAAUUUACAAUGUCUUGUCUGUGUGAGUUGAGCUUUGGUUUGUCUAUGUAAUCAAUUAGUUCUUCUGGCUUUAAAAAUCUUAUAUAUGAUAAACAUAUGUAGAUCUAUAUAUAGUUACAUAUACAAGUUUUGGGUCUUUGAUUUAAAACUAAACAUUUUUUUUUCUCGUUUAUUGGAUUGGUAUUAAUUUCUAUAAUGACCCUUCUGCUGCAUUUAGAAGCCUUAUAUUCAGAUCACUUUUCAUUACACAGCUCUAACGAGUCUGUACAGUAUAUAUCUACUGCAUAAACAGUGACCUGUUGUUGUUUUUUUGUCUUUCACUUCACUAUUCCUAUCUUCUUUACUGACUCCAUCAUUGGACAUCAUCUGCUUUAGGUUGUCAAGCAUGCUGAUUUUGUCCCCUGUUUUUUGAUGACAUUGUAUAAUCUUAUUUACUUCUGAUAUUUUCAAUUUUAAGAUUCCAUUCCUUAUGUUAAGUGAUUGAAGUUAUAAGAACUUGAAGUUAUUUACAGAAUUCAGUUUAUUUCAGUUUGUUUUACUCUUUACAUAUAAAUUAUAAACUUAAAGGUUUGAGCUUGAUUUCAUUUUGUUAUCUGUUUAUUUUUUUUUAGUAUAAUUUUUAUUUUCUCUAUUGUGCUGUCUAAAGUUAAAAAGGAAAUUGACUUGAGCACAUUGUUAUUAAUUUGGUUUCAGUAUAUUUGCAUAAAUUCUGUUCACUGAUCAUAAUGUUCAGUUUGUAAUAAAUGCAAGUUUUUAUUUGGUGAA